AUGACCAAGCGCGCACGUCUCGCAAGAGAACAGCAACAGCUCCGCACCUCAGUUCCGCAACGCGCCGCCGACGGUAGAAUGUAUAAGCUCUUCAGCAUCCAGAGUGGCCGCGACCACAUCGACCUCUUGGAAAACACCGCUCGCGCAACGCAUUACCAGGCGAGCAAAAAGCAAGAAAACGUAACAGACAAAGAACCUCACCUCAUACGGGACUGCCGCCGGGCGCGGCCAACGCUUCCAAGUGACCGCACCACCACAGCUUGCGCAGUGCUUGGACCAAAUCAAGCAAGGUUGGAGGAAUACGACGCCGACAUGAGUAGCGCCAGACGCUAUGCCGCUCUAAGCAUCCGGAUUCAUCCAGUGUCCAUCAUGAGCCCACGAGUUGACGAGCCCCCGAGAGACCAAAAGAGGUCCGGAGCUGAGAAGGAUUCAACCUUUGGGUGGCGUGCUCGCCGUUUGAUGGCCACAAGGGAUAUCGUGACUGAGCAGCCCGAGGACUCCCAGUACGUGCAUGCCCUCGUCCCCCCCGAGUGUUCGUGCGAGGGACGCAGCUUUCCUCCUCCUCCCUCCAAUCUUUGCCGCUUAGGCGCCUGGGCAGUCCAUGUCAUUGCCGAGCGACAAAGCAGCCCUCUGCCUGUCAAGGCCCCCUCACCAUGGCUGGGAUACUCCUGCGGUGGUGUUGGAAGGUUGGAACGACGACCAUCCCCCCUCCCUCGACCUACGAUGUAG